CAAACUCGGCAACAACGAUGUCAUCACGUAGUGUGCAGAUUCCGCGGGCUUUCCGUAAAUGAAAAAGCGUGCUGGGGGAGGUACGAUUCACAGGCGCUCGUUCGGCCACGACAGUGGAGCCGAUGCGAACGCUUCGCUUACAUGGAUUCCCACAGAGCGUGGGAUCUGCAUGAUUUCCCAUGACGCUCGUGAUUAGGAAGUAGCUGUUUUUGGGUGACAUCAAGUUCACGUUGUGGCCCCAUAUACGAUGGGUGACCCUCGGUAUCUUAGUACCUGCUUUUAUCGUAACUGAGGUCGUCAUGCUUUUGCAAAAUUGUGUAAGAACGUGUAGAGAGCAACGAAGAUGGAAAAGUCCAGUGUUGUCAAUUUCUAUGCUCUUCUUUAAUAAUAAAUUACUCCCCAUUUCAGUGCAAUCAGCGCAUGCAACCCUUGCCGAAAGUGCGCGCGAGAUAUAAGGCACCAGAUCCUUGCUGGCAUUUCGGCAUUUGGGUAAAAGAAUCGAUAGCUUCCUAUAGUUCGUUCAAUUUGUUCAGGUGGGCCGAAUGUAUAGUCUGUGCUCUGCAGUCGACUCAUUUUGGUUCGCGCCGACAAGGUCCCGCUUCUCCUUUAUAUUCAAUAUUUUUACAUAUUAAAUAUCAAAUACGCCGCCGCAGCUGAGUCAACUAUAGGUGCUUAGAGCGCCCUUUAGGUCAAUCGAUUCUGCCUCCUUUAACUGCUUUCAUGUUUGCCCGGAAUGCGCGGUUUCAUUUCGAUCAUUUCGAUUUCUUUUGUUCAUGCGGUUUUGUUUAAUGGCGUCGUUUUACUUUUUGAACCCACGUGACGCACAGCUGGCCUGGUCAAACGUCUACAUCAGAAUAUUCUAAUAACCGCCAAGGUUUUGUCGCCUCCGUACUGGGCCUUCUAAGGAUGGCACCUUUCCUAAGAACGUUUGACAUGACGGCAUCACAGUAAGUGGGUGUGUUCGUUCGCAGCUUUCUCAGUCGUAGCGACCCUUUGUGCGUAGCGAGUUUUUGUGCGCGAUCAGUACCUUCUUAGACAGCGUACUUAUCUUACGAAUAAGGCACCUUAUAUUGGCCGACCGACUAGUAAUUUUGUACUACCAAUUUAGCGGGGAAUUGCGCAUCUGCGGUUAUAAUGGAUUCUGAUAUCCUUCUAUCGCUACAUAUAGAAUAUUAGCUGCAGCUUAAAAAUCAUCUCAAGUUUAGCGGUUAUCCAAGACGAGCUCGCAUCAUCUGCCAAAGCGCACAUAUGUUUCGUUUCCCUGAAUUCGACGUGAGCGAAUCGAGUCUGGAGUCGGGCUGACCCAAACCGACUCGACCACAUGUACAUAAACACCAACUCGACCUGAUUCGUUGGCUUCAUUUUAAUGCAACUAUAUAGAGACGUAUUCCAAUGGUCUCGAACUCAUAAAAAGCAAUGUGUCACGAGCCAAAACGUACGACUACCUAUGCUAUUCUCGUCGCACAUUGGCGUAUUCGAGAGUGUAGGCAACUUGGGGAGUAGCGUGUGCGUCAAAGACUGGGUCAAACAGGAUGCUGUAAUCUUGGGUGUGUUGCGUGGGCUGCGAGUGUCGGAGUAUCGAGUUCGACACCUUGAACUCUGAUCUAAUAAUAUUGAGCUAUUGACGUAGAUGGACCUCGUUUCCGUGGAUGUAAUAGAAAACAGUCUUUAAUCACUGUAAACAAAUCCUUGUGCACUCCUAUGAAGAAAAGUUAUAUGUCUGACAGGAAGAAAAUCUGCGCAGUCAGCGUCAGGCUUCUUCGCUUGGCUCUGUUUGCAAUCGCCGGCGCCACCGUCAUCCAUGGCGCGCCGAUUGGCCGUCACCUCUGUGUCGACGGUGGUCAGCGAGACAUCGGCGCUAACGCGGUCGUUUCGAGUGUUGCUCGGGUGGUGCAGACACCGCGACAGUGGUCGGGAGAGGAGGAUGGCUGGCGUCCAUAUCUCUAGGCAACGUCGUCAGAGCAAGCUGCUGUGCCUGGGCAACGCCGUGGUCACCACACUGGUCAACACGCUCCUGGAGAGGAACCGCGAGAAGAUCAAGGAAAACGAGCCGAUCUACAUCGGCGGCACGCAGAACCUGGGCCUCAUCGUCCUCAAGAACGGCAGGGGAGUGAACGUGCACACGGCGUUCUUCAACGGCGAAAUUGACGUAGACUGCACCUCGGACCCGGAUUGGAUCUCGGUCACGUUCCCCGUGGGCAUCCGCAACCCGGACGUUGUGUUCGACUACGAGCUGCCCGGCGGCCUUCUCUCGGGCGAACUGAAGGCGCGCUUUGAACUCUUCGGGGCCAACGUGGUCUUGCGGUUGCCAAAGGACCGCAAGGGGGGCCUCAAACCGUACAUAGGAGACGUGAACUUCUGGUCCACGCAAGGAUUCAAGAUGGAGAUCACCGGAAUGGGGCCCGUGUCGUCGGCGUUGACCACCGGCCUGACCCUGGUGUACCAGCUUAUGCCCAUGCCGCUCAUGGAGUUCUUCAGGGUGCUCAUGAUGCGCGUCAUGCAGCAGUUUCUCGAGACCGCACCCCUGCCUUUCUGAGCAACCUCGUUGGUGUGGGACACAUGCCUUCACUGGACAGGGGACAAACAAAGCCACUUGGCGUGGAGAAAGUGCCUGUAGGAAUCAAAUAUGCUCAUUCGAUAUCGGCGGCACUUCCGACUACGGCUCAACACCGAGGGUGGUGGACGAUGGUGCAGCGAACGCUGCGCCGCUCUGGCGAUUACGCCUGUACUCAAAGCGCCACUCCGCCCGAAAGACGCGCUUCUGUUUAAAUGCCUGAAUUACGACGUUUGAAACGCAAUCAACGUAAGAGCGCGCAUUAAUUGGAAAUAUCGCUCUGUGCACUGGCACCGUCUCCUGCAGUUGGGGUAGGAGGUUUCUUGCGUGUACGGAUGGCUUUAUUACAAUGCAGAUUUUGUAGCAAACAACAAAAACAAAAACUUUGCAACCAAAGCCGGUUUACAGCGUGCUCUAUUUAACCGUUCAUAUGUCCUCAUUCGUGUCCUCCACGGCGCCGCAUUUCUUGUGAAAAAUGCAACACGACUACCUGGUUGCAGCAUUCACUCUCAAAGUCAUAGUGUGUUGGCGCCCAUGCGGUAAUCUUCCGGUCCUUUUCCUACAGUUUGUCGUUUCCAACCAAACCUGCAUCUACUUAGCUUUGCGCGCACGGUACUCAGUUUCCACUGCACUGCGCACAAUAAUCGAUGGUAAAGUGGAAUGCUCUGGCAAGCAGCUUCAUUCGUGCUAGCUCGAAGUUCUGUUUUCAGAUUUCCUUCGGCACGUGGUAGCGCACCCCAUGUCUAUAGAAAGUCGUGCCAAUCGCACCUAAAUUUCGCACUUUCUCGCUACCUCGUCUCUACUUGGAAAUAAAACUGAAUACGCCUACUGUGAUGAAAAUAUACGAAAAUGCUUAUUGUUGUAUGUUUGCGUACGUACUAUUCUGCAUUGUGUUAAACCCACUUUUAGUAACCUAGUACGUUGCGAUGCCAGAACACGCGAACGUAUUGCAAGGUUUCAAGGUACAGUCAAGAGGAGGAUUUCAUAUAUGACAGCGUGGGCCAAACAUACGCGGUUGGUUCUUUGGUAAGGAGCUCUACGGCUUUUUACGGCACCUUAAGUUAGGAUUGUCGUGACCGUAGGAAGUAAUACAGUGAACAAAUCAAAGACAGUACAAGAAGCUGAACAACCGCAGAUUCCAUCUGGCUACUGUGUGCCGGGCAAAAUAAUAAGCAGAUGGAAAGAUGACGCGCACAUUAUAUGGGGAGUGGAUUGUUAUCAGCGUAUCUCUGCAAUGCCCUCCGUAGCAAAAUCUCGAAGAAGUCUUCGAGAGGCUGGCCAUAGACACUGUGCGCCGUCUCGACGGCCAAGUUGAGAAUCGCGCCGAGCAGGCCCAUUCGGUGGAAGGUCAUCCCGAAGCCGUCCAGUCUGUUAAUGUCGAGAUGCGUCACCAGGGGUCGGCUCUGUCCCUUCUUCUUCGCCACCAGAAGCCCAAUGUCGAACUCGAUUAGGUCCAUGUCGAUGUGGAGCUCACCCCUGAGUGGCAGCUCGCGCAUCGCCUGCCUCACGUCAUAGACGAUGCGAGGUCUCUCCACUCUGAGGGGGAAGAACAGGUCCAUGUGCGACUCGUUGCAUCUGUACAGAUGGAGUAAAAGGAGUCGUGGCAAAAGUUGUCCCUGCGACGGCAAACGAAAAUAGACAAGGUCACAAGAACCAGAUUGGUGAACUGAGCGUUGGAUAAUUAACGGCCAUGUUUGGUAUCAGCUCCCAAGUGCACGGGCGUCAACCAGAGCACAUGUCUAGCUUGGGCCCAGUGGGAUCGCCAGGAUGUCACUCUAUUUUCUAAAAAUAUUUCACUAACCGUACCAUGAAUUGAUAUAGCCUUUCCAGGGGAUUCGUACGUCGUUAGCGACAUGAUCGCGCAACAAUUAUACAACUGUCAGCAUAUAGAGCAGCAAACACACUACUUGCUCAUGCAGCACGAAUCCACAGACUCGUUUGUUCUAGUGGUGGCACUCUUCGCACAGAAGUCUGUUUCACUUGGCUCCUCCCCCGUAGUAUACACGGCAAAGUCGCGGACUCCGGCAACAGCAUCAUUCGUGCUGGCUCGAAGUUUUGCUUCACUAUUUUCUUCUCCGUGUGGUGUAGCACGCCACAUGUCUAUAGAAGGUCGUGUGAAUCGCUCCUAAAUUUGCACUUUAUUGCU